CGACGAAGCCCCAUCCCACCCAUCCCGGCGGCCUCGGUCUCCAUCUCCACUCGGCCAGCCGCAUCAUCAUCGCUCCCCAUCGACGAGCAAGCCAGGACGACGAGCUUGCAUCGAGAACUCUUCACCCCAGACAUCGCCUCCAACGCCUUGCACGACGCGGUCGACGCGCUUUGGGCAGCAAAGUAUCACGAUCAAGUCAUUGCCGCCCAGCACCGCAAUCCCAACCCACAAGCAAGCAGACCAAGCCCGUCCUAAACUUCCGGCCUUUGUAUUUCAACGUUUCAGAACCAUCAUCAUCAUCUUCACCACCCAGCUUCAACUUUCUCGCGACUCACGAUGGCUACACCAAACGUAGCAUACGAGGCGCGCAAGCCCAAGAAUCGUCCAGAGCGACCCCUACCCCCUCCUCCAAAAGAGGAGGCCGAUGUGGCCUUGAUCGACGCGUUCGAUUCGUCACAACAGUACACGUCCCCGCCCUCCCCGCCAAGCGGCCCAGUCACAGCUCCCCCGCCACCGCCUGCAGACGACGAGGUCGAGCACUUGGAUGGCGGCAACGGUGUCGAGGGCACGGGCGACGAGGCUGGGGCAAACGACGCGUCGACAGCGCCAAAGCGGGUCCGGCCCCCCGUGCCCAAGACGACGGCUGCGCAUCUCAACCCAUUCCACACGACCCUCCCCAGCAGUGACCUCACACCACCAACAAUCCUCACGCCCCUCCGCGCCCAUUACCUCAAGAAGACGCUCGUCAAUCAGCAGAUUGCGCAUGAGCUCGGCCUGAUCACCGACCCCAUUCUUGGCGCAAAUGCCCUCGGCCUCCUGGGAUCGCCCUUUGUGAUUCCAGAGUCGGCCAAGCAGGAUGUGGUGGCACGUGUGGGCCAGGCUGGCGGCACUGGCCUUGAAGGUGGAAUCGAUCUGCCAUUCCUGCGCUACAUGUUUCACCAGUUCUUGCUGCCCUUCCCUUUCCUCGCCACCGCGCCCCCAUCGUUCUGGUCACAAAAGGUUCAGCCCUUCCUGUCGAGCUUCCUGGCCACAACGGGCGUAGCGGCACACAGCACGCUUACCCAGGAGGACCAGGAGAUCGCCGAGAGCCUAAUGACCAAGGACGAGAAGAAGGAGGCCGAGGACAGGCGCAAGAUGUGGAACAAGGUCGAAAAGCACCUCGGCCUCAUGAUUGGCGUCGGCGUCAAGCUCACCUCCGGCGAGGAAGUGGUGCGUAUCGGCCAGAGCGAGCUUCGUCGCAUCGAAGAGGCGCAGGCAGCACGAAAACGCAAGUGGGCCGAGAAGCACGCGCACCAGGAGACCUUCACCUUUGACGUCAAUGUCGUUGGAGUCCGCGUAGUCUCUGAGAAAGGCCGGAUGCGCAGCAAGAGUCACGAGGAAUUUAUCAUCCGCACGCAACGAACCGGCCAUCACGACGUGUUCGUGUCUCGCCGAUAUGGUGACUUUCGUCGACUUGCCGAGGAGCUGCGCGUCCUGUUCCCGGACGCACUCUUGCCCAACCCGCCACCCAAGGACAAGUCGUCGGCCGCCCCUCCGCCUCCCCAGGCCGUUCAAUCGUACUACUCCGCCUACAACCCCCUGCGCGUCAUCUACGGUAGCAGCCCAAUGCCUUCUGGUACCAGCACGCCCAGCAGAACAGAUGGCACGUCUCAGGCUCUCCCCGAUGCCCCGAUCCCAGCCGCUCCACUCUCAAGAGAGAAGAACCGUCUCACUCUCCGCGCCUACAUCCAGUCGAUCCUCGCCAUGCCUGAAAUCGCCAACGCGCCGAUCAUGCGUUCUUUCCUUCUAUCCAGCCCUACCGUUCUGACCCCACCUGAGGCAGCAGACAUUCAGCGACGCCUCGAGGCGGACGCUGUGCGUGAGGAGGGUCGAAGGCGGUUCCGCGAGGAGGCUGAGCGACGAGUUGAGGCACUUCGCGAGGGCCUGGCCCAGUUUAAGGGUGAUGUCCUCACGAAGGAGGGAGGUUUGAAGAGCGUGUUUGAAGUCGUCAGACGCGUCGAGCUUGUCGAGGACCUGCCACCAGCAGAGAAGAGCGUGCUUGAGUGGGGCCGAAUCUCCCUCGCUGCCACCAUCUUCCAGAUCUACGUCGCGUCAGACACUGCGUCGGAAUCAUUGACGUCGCUCAAGCGACUCCACGGCAUCAUGCCAUACUUUGUCCUCAAGGGCAUUCUCAGGAUCUCCAACCCCAUGGCAAUGAUCCGCGGAGUGCUCGAUCUCUUCUUGGCAAGGCCUUUCGGCGGUCAGAGCCUGCUUCAAAAGAUGUUCUCACAGUCCUUGACUGAAGACGUGCGAUACCUCGCAGAAGACAUUCAGGCGGUUCAGGACAAGAUUGACGAUCCUGUCCUGUGCGAGAAGAUUGAGCAGUAUGUUUCGGCGCCUUUCGACAUUCAGGAAAUCUACCGACAGGAUGCUGUCGCCGAGAACACGGAGCUUCUCGUCGUCAUUCUGCGAUCGGCAGAAACCCCAAUCUUGUCUCGCCCUCAGAUCCAGCGCGUUGCGCGCGCGUCAAAGGCCUACAAGGAAUAUAAAUCGUGGCAGGCGGACCUCAGCGACUCGGACGACGACGAGGGCCCAGACAAUGACGACGCAUGGCUGUUCGAGGACCUCAACAUUCUUAUGAAGCUCAUGAUGAGAAAGAAGGAGAAGGAGGCGCUUGUUGCCUUGAUCUUCGAGGGCGUGACCGCCGAGCUGCUCAAGGACAUCAUCACCAUCUUCUACUCGCCCCUUGCCACUGUUUACAAGGCAGCCAGCAUUGCCGACUCUCUGGGCGACCUGCAGGCGUUCAUCAACGACAUGAUCAAGACAGUUGACCAGGUGGAAGAGCUUUCGGCCGAGGACCCCCAGCGUACUGUCCAAACCUUUAUCGACCUGGUGCAGCGCCACGAGCAGUCGUUCUACUCAUUCGUGCACAAUGUCCACUCCAAGGGUCAAGGUCUGUUUGACGCCCUCAUGAGCUGGAUCGAGUUAUUCCUCUCGUAUGCUCAGAAGGGCCUCCCACAACAGUUGGACCUCGAAGUGCUCCUCCCUCACAGCGGCCCUGAGCGAGUUGCUAUCCUCAAGGAAGUCGACGAGGUCGCUCAGUACCACUACAAGCUCAAGGUGGCGCACGAGGAGAAGAUUCGCCGCCGGUUCCAAGGUGGAGGCGCCGGGGACCAGCAGUCUGCCGAGGAGGCAGCACUCGUCAAUUCGGUGCUGCAGAGUCUCAGCCUUGCCGAGAGCACUGUGGGAUCGGCAGGAGAGAUUGCCAUGGAGGAGGAAGAGGAGAAUUGGGAUGAAGACGACGAGGACGACGACACCAUUGAUGACACGGCGAGCGAGGCCAGCUCCAUUCAGUCAGCGUCGGUGAUCAAGCGGCCACCUCGUGGACCUUCCUCGCUCGGCGCUGUUGACGACAAUCUCAGCCAGAAGCUCGGCCGGGUUACGCUGUCUCCUCCAGGCGACGCCAACAGUAGCAGAAGGAGCUCUGCAACCUUGGCACCGCCCGAGGACCAGAACCUGAGCAAGAGGAGGAGCUCUGGCUCGCUCCGCACCUCUCUCGACCUGAUCCGCAACUCUACCAAGACUCGCACGGGCAGUGGUGGUAGCGACACGCCCCCACCGCCGCCUCCCAAGGACACCAAGCCUCACCCGCCACCUGUCAAGGUCAAGCGACACCGCAAGCCGAAGCGGACACACGUUUUGCUCCCACCUCCAGAGACGCCAAACAUUGAGGCACUACGACCUCUGUUUGUGGCAGUUGUCGAGCCCCUACUCGUCGUCAAACCCCUUAGCCAGUAGAGUCAUAUAUCCGGGUCUAUAGCACAUGAGAUAGCAUAGGAAGUUUUCUAAUAUGCCAUGAGAAGGCUAGUCGCGCCUUCGUGCUGGUCCGAAGCGGGUCUUAGACACCUCGCGCACACUGUACAUGCCCAUCAACGUCUUCAUGUCAAGCUUGCGGGGGUCGAGGCCGCCCGACGGCAAGCGCAUCCUCGCGGGGAACGACGCAAUGGACGGGAUGGUGAUGUAGGUGAUGAUCACGGUCUGAGCCGUCAGCCACCUCCCUUCUUUACAAACACCCACCUUCAUGACCAAAGAGUUGACACGCAUGAUCGUGUUCAUCCACUUCCAGCUCAUGCGCUCAGUGUACCAAUCAGUCUCAGCGUAUGGGCUGGCGGCGCGGUCCCCGUCGUCCAUGUACACGGGGACCAUGAGGAGUGAGAAGGCCGAGUGGGAGAAGACGGGUCCGCGGCGGUACAGCAGCCAGUCGACGCAGAACUUGAUGCCCGAGCGGACCACCCACCCGAGGGAGCGGUAGUGGUGGUAGCAGGCGUACGAGACGAGCAGCGGGUCGUCGGGGUACAGCGCUGCGGGGGGCGCGAGGGAGAGUGCCGGGUUAGGCGGCGAGAGGAGGAGGGGGAGGACGGCGGUGGGGGGAAUGUAGGUGUCCGUAGCAGGGUCGAGGAUCUUGAGCACGCCCAGCGCAGAGGCCAAGAACCACGCCUCCUCAAAGCUGAGCUGAAGGUGCUCAAACUCUUCAACAGCGAGCGCGGCCUCGUCGUCUGACGGCUCAGAGUCGCUCGACUCGGCGGGGGGCGGGGGCGGUGGCCGGGGGGCCGGUGGUGCCGACCCCGGCGCCGGCGGGGGACGCCGCUUGAACCCCCGCUUGUUGCCGCGGUUACGGUUCGCG